UCUUCAGAUAGCCUAAGUAUAUUGCUUUCUUGGUUCUUUAAAGCACUAGUUCACUAGUUUGAUUCAUAUAGCUGCUUGUUGUGAAACUUAAAACAGUUCUUUUUAAGUUUUUGGUUCUAAUUUGAAGUGUCAUUCACUUAGGCUACCGUAAACUUUCUAACUUACAGCCAACAAAAAUAAAAAUAAAAAAAAAUAAUAAAAAGAAAUAAAAGAAAUAAUAAUAAUAAAAAAACGUAUGGGAUGUAACAUAAUGUUGAUUCAGUCAUAUUAAAUAAUAUAAUGCACUUGAAACUGACGUUUAUUAGAAUUGAACGAUAAAGGCUAUUUAAAAUGAAUUUAUAGUUCCGUGUUUACGCUAUUUUAAUGUGGUUUUUUAAUGCAACCAAAAAACAUGCGUAAUUCUGUUGUACUAACUUGCACAGACGUUCAACCUACUUCACUGCAACUCUACCAAAAUGUCUGCAACAUUUCGCAUCUUCAUUAUACUAUAACAGCCAAAAUCCCCAAAUGCUGAAGUUUGGAGACAUUAAGGCGCGAGGCGGAGAACAGUUUUUGCUUCGCCCUCAGGGCUGGAGAGAAAAAAAAAAAAACAGAGAAGCGAGGAGCCAAUAGGAGCCAAUAGCGUCCACCCAUGUGCCCUAUAAUUCAGAGUUUCUCAUACUAGAUCCCUGCCAUUACCUUCACUGCUUCAACCGAGGGAGUUAGAGAAAGCAGCUCAUCGAGGAUUUUGUGUUACAGACAGCGUCCUGAACUGAACGUCUGCAUGUUUUGUUCAAGUCUGCCCUGGAAAUAAAGUGGACGAUCGUUGUUGUUUUGUUUUCCCCUCUAAAGGAUGAGUGGACCGACAUAUGACAGGAAGAUACCCGGUAUUUCAACCGAUCUUUCAGGCUCUAUGAGUUGCCAUCCGACUUCUAAGGACUCUCCGACUCUUCCAGAGUCAUCGGCUACAGACAUGGGUUAUUACAGCAGCCAUCACGAAUACUACCAGAGUCCUCCAUACCCUCAACAGAUGAAUUCAUAUCAUCAGUUUAAUCUGUCUGGGAUGGGGACAUCAGCCGGACCUUACCCCACAAAGACAGAGUACCCUUACAAUACUUACAGACAAUACGGACAUUACAACAGGGACCUGCAGACGCCACCACAAAGCGCAGUCAAAGAGGAACCAGAGACUGAAGUUCGGAUGGUAAACGGAAAACCCAAGAAAAUCCGCAAGCCGCGCACCAUUUACUCGAGUUACCAGCUCGCCGCACUGCAGCGCCGCUUCCAGAAGGCGCAGUAUCUGGCGCUGCCAGAGAGAGCCGAGCUCGCCGCACAGCUGGGGCUCACGCAGACACAGGUCAAAAUCUGGUUCCAGAACCGGAGAUCCAAGUUCAAGAAACUUUACAAGAACGGCGAGGUUCCGCUGGAGCACAGCCCGAACGCCAGCGACUCCAUGGCCUGCAACUCGCCUCCAUCCCCGGCUGUUUGGGACAGUAACGCGCACUCUAGCCAGGUCAACCGGGGGCAGAUCCCCCAGCCACCCCUCAGUUCCACACCCCCCUACAUGGAAGAUUACAGCAAUCACUGGUACCAGCAGGGAUCACAUUUACAGCAUCCAGUGCACCACCCAGGACCACCACAGAGCGUGGGGGCCGUGUAUUAAUAGACACUGAUGGAAGAGUUUAAUAUAAGAGGGAAAGGACUUUUGAAAAACUCAAUAUAAAUAAGCUGAGAGAUGCUCCGCGAGUAUCUGGAGUGGAACAGCACACGCGUGUUGGCAUUUUGUGGACUGUUUAAACGCAUAUAUGUCGAGAUGAAUGCUUUGUGUUGAAAUAACAGUAGUGUCAUUUUAAUAAUAACAAUGUUUCAAUGUGUCCCGGCUACUCAGACCUAUUUGAUAUGCACAUAGGUGUAGGUUAAACAAUGUAAAGGAAGUUUAGAGUGGUUUUAAAUUAUUAUGUUUUAUGACUUCCUUUAUUUUCAUGGUUUGUUCAUUGACAGCUGAAUAUUAAAAAAUGUUUUAAAGAACGAUUGAACCCCAAUUUGUGUCGUUAUCAGCCUCACCACCCACAAUGUGGGCUGAUGUUGCGCGCGUCAGAGACUCAGGACAUAAGUUAUAUAGACUUGUACAAAAUGUUGAAAGCUGUACAUAAUGUGUUAAAAUAAAGCAGAACCACUAAAUUCGUGUUACUUCGAAAGACAGAGACUGCACGCUGGUGCUCGAACCAUUUUAUAUUCCUGUAAGUAGUUUUAUUGUUAUUCUGUCAAACUGAAUA